GCGAGCGUUGAGGACGACGUCAGCGAACAUUGCUCAGUAUGUCGCAGGCCAUAGGGAAUACUGCACUAGCAUAUGCCAAAGUCUGGCACCAUGUCGAUGCUUCUGGACGUACCCUGGGCAAACUCGCUGAUCGGAUAGCGAUUGUGCUCAUGGGCAAACACAAACCUAUGUACGACCCAGGAGUGGAUUGUGGUGAUUAUGUUGUGGUAACAAACGCAAGAAAUAUCCGCGUAUCAGGAAACAAGGCCCAGCAAAAAGUCUAUUAUAGUCAUACGAUGUAUCCCGGCGGCUUGAAAGAACGGAAGUUUAAGGACCUUAUUGUUCGCAAACCCGAGGAUAUUAUCCGCGAAGCCGUUUCUGGCAUGCUCCCUAAAAACAAGCUACGAGACCGCCGGCUCGAGCGUCUGAGAAUAUUCGCAGAUGAAGACAUGGGAGCGUUCAAGAACAACAUCUUGAAACGAUGGGAGGAUGGGACGCUUCCAAGUGAGACUAUUACGAAAACAUCAUAGCCGUGUUUGGAUGGUCAUUCUGUCACCAUACUCUCCAGUCUCAUCAAUCUUCUUUCAUGUACCAUUAAUUUACAAUCUUCCGGGUAAUGGAUCUCAUUAUUUGCGGACGGUCCUUGUGCUCC